GCCUCGAGUACUCGCGCACGCACGCACGCACGCCGCGCCGCGAGUAGCUAUACAUACAGUCUGCAGCUACACUCGCUCCAGCACGCUCGCUCCCGCGCGCGUAGUUCAGCCUGCUGCUGCCGCUUCCUGCCGACGGGCCGCCUCUGCCGACUGCCUGCGCAGCACCACUGGGUUCGUUCGUUCGUCUGCACUUGCUCCUAACCGCGGCGGCGGCGGCGGCGGCGGCGGCGGCGGCGGCGGCGGCGAGCUUCAAACGCUUCGUCGAAAAGUGCGCCGCGGGCAAUUACCGGCCAUUCGGCGCUUUUCCGGCCGGGCUGCGCGGCUCUCUCGCGUGCUUUCGAAUUAUUUCAUCAGGCCGCCGGCGGCGCGCCUGUGUGCGUGCAGCCGGCAGCCGCUCUCACCGACUCAGCCACUCGCCUCUGUGUCGCGGCGGAGCGAGCGAGCUUUUCAAGUGGCCCCGGGUGGCGCGUUUAAUCGCACGUGGCGACAAUUGGAUAAGGAGCACGUCGGCCCUGCUCGCAGCUCUGCGCGAGCUGCUCUUUAAACGGCCGACCGAGCGGAAUGCUCAAUGCCGAUUUUUCGAGAAUCCAGCGCCUCGAGGGCCGCCGGCUUUGUCGCCGCCGCAUAAAUUAGUCGCGAUUGCCGUUAAGCGGAGUCCGGGCCGCUCCUCUCAUUCCUCGAAGCCGCGCGACGCGCCGCCGCAGGAUUUCCACUCCUCUCAGCUGCCUCGAACCUCUUGUCGAUUUCCCAACGCCGCUCGCGCCUCGAUCGUUGGGCAAUUGAAACGUCAGCCGGCGGCGCUUCUCGGAGGAGGCCUCGCGCGGACACGCCACAGGCCCGCCGGCGGAGGCCUGCGGAGUGAAUUUUAACGAGCCGGCGCAUCGCCGAUGUAAACAGAUAAGCGAGCACGUGGCAGGCCUCGCGCGGGCUCGCGGGCGCGCGGACUCGCGGACUUGUCGGCAGGCCAUUCGCCAGAGACAGCUCUCCGCUCUCGCGUUAUCUGUCCAUUAUCGACGCGGGCCACGAUAAAAGCCGCCACUGAACGCUCGCGGCGCGCCGAUAAAGCCCUACUGCGGGGAGAGCGCGCGCGCGAGUGUGCCAGUACUGCCAGUCGCCGUCGCCGCAGUCGUAUAAUUGCCCGUGGGAGAACCGCACUGACCGAGCGCCUCUUGCCGAUUUUUCCAGUUGACCGGCCCCCGCAGCCAUGGCGAUCGCGGAGGACAAGCAGCAGCCCCCCACGGCUGCCGGCCAGCCCGCCAACGGACAGUCGAGUAAGAAGGAAGCCAUACCUAUGAGGCAGCUCGACGAGAAGCAGCGACAACGCGAGGACGAGGGCUACGUGGAGAUGGUGGUGCCGCCCGACGGAGGCUGGGGCUGGGUCAUCGUCGCCGCCUCCUUCAUGUGCAACCUCGUGGUCGACGGCAUCAUGUUCAGCUACGGCGAGCUGCUCAACGCGCUCCAGGAGGACUUUGAGGUCUCGGCCGCCCGGGUCAGUCUCGCGGGCUCCCUGCAGACCGGCUUCUACCUCAUGGCCGGUCCCUUCGUCUCGGCGCUGGCAAACAGGUACGGCUUUCGCCUGGUGGCGAUCCUCGGCAGCGGCGUCGCCUGCGCCUCCUUCCUGCUCUCGCGCUUCGCCAGCUCGAUCGAGUUCAUGUACGUCAGCUACGGAAUACUGGGGGGCAUCGGCAUGGGCCUGAUCUACGUGCCGGCGGUCAUAACAACCGGAUUCUACUUCGAGAAGUGGCGGGCCCUGGCCACGGGCAUAUCCGUCUGCGGCUCCGGCAUCGGCGCCUUCGUCCUCUCGCCCGUCACCAACUACCUGGUGAGCAAUUUCGGAUGGCGCGGGACUCUACUCUGGCAAGCCGGCAUGCUGCUCAACUGCGCCGUGUUCGGGGCGCUCUUCCGGCCGCUGAAACCGACGCGGGUGAAGCUGUCGACGGACGGCAGCGGCCAGGCCGGCCUCGAGCUCGAGGCCAAGACGACGCUCCUGGGCCAGGGCGCCUCCAGCAGCUCGCUCCACGCGAGCCAGCCGACGAGCAACCGGUUCCUCGGCACCAACAACAACACCGAGUACCCCACGGCCGCCCAGGUCCUCGGCAGCAGCCCCGACAUCGUCAACAAUAGGUCGCUGCACUCGCUGCACAAGGCCCUGGAGCGCCAGAUGAGCACCUCGGAGAAGCGGCUCUCGGCGCCGAUCUACCCCGAGCUCGAGGUCGUCAACGACGAGGAGCUCAAGUCCGUCGAGGAGGAGAACAACCUGCUGGACGGCGACGCCGAGCGACUCAACGGCCGCGUGCCGACGAUUCGCAGGCACACCAUCAGCGACCGGAGGAGCCGGGCCGACUCGGUGAGCAGCCACAAGUCCCUGACCAAGGCCGACAAGCGGCGCGGCUCCACGGCCAAGGAGCCCCAGAGGCCCUUCUACCGGGACGACAUCUUCUACGGAGGCUCGCUCAACAGGCUGCCCCACUACAGGUCUCAGCUGUCCUCGGUGGGCUACCACAUGUCGGUGACGAGGCUGCCGACGGCCCAGGACCUCGCCGAGGAGGAGAGCGGCGGCUGCUACCUCUGCCCCGAGAGCGUGCGCCGGAUCCUGACGACGAUGCUCGACCUGAGCCUCUUGCGGAAGCCGUCCUUCCUCAUCCUCGCGAUCAGCGGCGGCCUGACCAUGAUGGGCUUCUACACCCCCUUCGUCUACGUCAAGGAAAGGGCCUCCCAGGAGAUGAACAAGGACACGGCGACGUUCCUCGUGUCGGUCAUCGGGAUCGGCAACACGAUCGGCCGUGUGGCCCUGGGCUUCGUGAGCAGCCUGCCGGGCGUCGACGCGCUCCUGGUCAACAACGUAUUCAUCACCCUCAGCGGCCUCCUCACCAUCUUCUCCGGCCUCUCGCUCGCGCAGGGCUACCAGUUCUUCUACGCGGCCUCCUUCGGGCUCUGCGUCUCCGUGUUCGCCUCGCUGAGGUCGAUCCUGGUGGUGGACCUCGUCGGCCUCGAGCGCCUGACGAACGCCUUCGGCCUGCUGCUGCUGUUCCAGGGUCUGGGGGCCACCAUGGGCGCGCCCGUCGCAGGAGCCGUGAAGGAGUGGACGGGAUCGUACGACGCCUCGUUCUACUUUGCCGGCGCGCUCAUCGUCCUGUCGGGCGUCAUCUGCUACCCGCUCAAGAGGAUCAACCUGCGCGAGAAGGCGCGCGAGCUCAGGGAGUCCACCGAUCCGUCCAAGUCGUGAUGCAGUCGAGGGCACGCCGGGCAGCCGACGCCGACAUCGACUGGCACGUCAAGACGCUCUAGCGCUCGCGACUUUUCGCCGCUCGUGCGCGUGUGCGCGCCUCACCGGUUGGCCCGCGCGAACCCAACUGCCAUUAGCCGCGUCGCCAUACGCGCGUGUCUCUCUGUGUGUGCGUGCGUAUAUAUAUAUAUAAAUAAAAGGAGAGAACAGUCGAUUUAUUCCAUUCCAUACUCUUUCGGCGCGUCAGUGCCUCGUACUUUGCCAACAGUUUAUGCGCGCAUACGCUGCACCUGACUAGUACUCGCCGCGUGCGGCCGAAAGGUAUAAGCCACUCGGCCCGCAGCCUGCUCGGGCGACGAUAACCUUGCAUAUUAUUAUCUUGUAUACUUUCUUACUUGCGGCGCAAAGACCGAGGGUAAAUUAGACUUUAUGUUACGUAGGAUCGCGACGCGCGCAGCAUAGCAACGAUUUGCACAAAGUCGGAUUGGUUCCUAAUUGUUGGCUGUACAUAUUGCAGCCAUGUGAUUACAUUUUCUUUCUGCGCAGCAUUUCGUCGUGCACAUGCAUUAUAUAGAUUUAUUAUUAUAUAGAUAUAGAGACGCAAGGAUAUGGGAAAACGUCCGCGUCGAGGGGACGUUGUCGUCGUUGUACAUACGGUUGAAGAGCACGACGCGUGAGAGCCGAGGCAAAUACGACAAAACUGUAACAUACCUACUUGCUUGGUACAUCUACCUAUAUAUGUAUAUAUAUAUAGUUUAAUACGAAAUACAGAAAUACAGAGAAUGAAAAGAAAA